CAUAAUAACUGUUGGCUCAACUAUUCCCACAAGCUGCAAACCUCACAUUGGUACAGCACCACUACCAAGGGAACAAAAUCCAAAACCCUAAGCAAUCCAAGAAUCAGGAAUGAACACGCAUAAUAAACGAAAAAAAGUUGCACUUUCUUGAGUUCUUCUGCGAAGGAAAUUUUAUUUGUGAUAGUGAUCAGUGAAUAAAUGAGUAGUGGAAAACCCAAAGAAGAGGAACAUGACGGUAUGUCCGUACACUCUCCGUGCAAACCCCCUCCUUCCUCUGCUUCCUCUCUCCCCAAGGAGCAAGCAGCGCAGGUUGAAUUGGAGCUCAGGGUGUUGGAAGCUCUCGAAAUUUAUCCUCCAAUUAAAUUACAAGGAAUACAUCGCCAUUUUGUCAUUUAUGGUCUGAUGGAAUUUCUAAAGAGGAGUUUUGACAGACACUUCUCUGCUGAAGAGGUCCUUCAACUGUUGGAUCGGUUCUACAACUUAGAAAUGCUGAAAACAGAUGAUGAAGAGAUCGACUUGCUUAAUCAUGAAGAAGAUUUCUCCUUACCUUCCAGUUACUUUAUCAAGGAAGAGUCCUAGUGAAACUUCUGAAGUAAAUACAUUUUCUUUCAAACCUGGAUUAGCAUUUCAGUAUUGGAUCUACCUUGUCACAUACAUAUAUAUGUCAAAUUUAAGACGUUGAGUUGUGAUAUGAGUGACAAAUUUAAGGGUUAGAAUCCUCAUUUUGGUCUAGAUUAGAUUGUAUUGAAAUACAUUUGGAUAGUAGAGUACAUUAGAUUAAAUAUACUAAACGCAUCGUCCAUGUGGCCAUUGGAUAGUAGAGUACAUUUUUUUUAAUUAUUUUUUCAUUCCCAAAUGUUGCUUAUGGUUCAUUCCAAGUAAUAAUUUAUUUCAGCAUUGGAUGUGCUGUUGAGGCACUAUGCAAUUUAAAAUGGGAAUGAAACCAAACCGUCUUGGAAUAUAUUGCUUCUAAGUUCUAAUUCAUUCCAAUUUAAGGAGAUUACAUGUUCGAAUUUCGAAAUUCAAAUAGUUUAUGGUUUAGCUAUUGCACCCUCCAGGUUCCAAGAGCUAAAAAAAAAUACAAAAAAUAAAAAAAGGAAAAAAAUGCACCAAAAAGGGAAAACAAGUUAAAACUAACCGUCAAUAAAGAAUAAUCUAUUGGACCGUGGAAAGAGAGUCAAAGGACAAUUUUACUGGUUGUCAACUUGUCAUUCAAAAUUUUCAUGUGGGUUAGUUAGCCACUCCAGUACAUCAUAGUUAUUU